CCCACCCGUAGUCUUAAAUCUCCCUACCAUGGGGGAAGAAGGCGGCGGCCGCAGCUGUGGGACCCCGAGGGACCUGCAGAAGCUGAAGCAGCAGGCGUUGCAGUACUACCAGGAGAACGACGUCCCGCGCAGGCUGGAAGAGCUGCUCAACUCCACCUUCUACCUCCAGCCUGCCGACGUCUACGGGCACCUGGCGAACUACUUUUCUAACCUUGCAAAGCCUCCCACCAUAAGCAAAAUCGUGGGGAAAAUCCUACUGGAUGGACUGGGACUUCCAACCCUACACGUGGAAAUAUUCUGCAUCAUUCAAAAUAUUUCCAAGACCGUCUGUUCCGUGAUGAUCCCUACUCACUUUGAAGUCCUGGAGAAUGCUUUGCCAGAGCUGUUGGAAGGAGAGGAAGCAGAAAGGGACCUGGCAGUGAGUACAGCAGUCCAGUGGAUCAACGAGUCCAUCACGGAGGAGCUGUGUGGCCAGGUGCCCAGCAACCAGACCGAGGUGGACCAUGUGCUCAGGCUGUUCUUUGAAGGUAAAGUACAAGAAGAUAAAGAGAGAAAAGAAUUGGAAAAGGCUCUGGAAGAGUCUGUGGUGCAAGCUCCUCCGCCAGUAACACUGCCGCCACCUCCUCCACCUCCUCCCAAAAAGAAAGGACAGAAGCAAGGACGGAAGGAUUCUCUUGCAGAGAAACCAGUCAUACCCCCAGAGCCCGCGGAGCCUGUACUCCAUGGCAGUAUGGCCGUCGGGGCUGUGUCAUUAGCUGUUGCCAAAGCCAGUGCUGUGCUGAGUGGUAUUCCUCUGUACUUAAACAUCGCGUUGCUGAAACACAGUCAGGAACAGCCUUCCGUGAUGACCAUGCCGUUGCUGAUGGGAUCUGUGCUCAGCUGUGGGAAGCAGUCACCUGGGAAGCUGAAUUUAAUGAAGGAACUGAUUUGCAUCCCCCACCCUGGACUAACAACCAAACAAGGUAUAGAGUUGCUCCUGGAAAUUCAGAAACAAAUUAACAAAGCCAUGGAAUUGCUCUCACCUCCAAAACCAGAGACAAAAAAGGGGCAUAAUGGAAGCAAGAAAGGUCAACAGCCAAUCACUGGCAAGAUGUCCCAUCUGGGCUGCUUAACCAUUAACUACGACACCAUAGAACAACCAAUGCUUCUGAUCCAGGGAAUCUGUUCGCAACUGGGGGUGGAACUGGGAACAGCUCUGCACCUCGCCAUCAACUGUGCUGGCCAUGAGCUGAUAGACUAUAGUAAAGGAAAAUAUGAAGUGAUGAUUGGCACCUAUAAAAAUGCAGCUGAGAUGGUCGACCUGUACGUGGACUUGAUCAACAAGUACCCUUAUAUCAUUGCCUUAAUUGAUCCUUUGCGGAAGGAGGACGCUGAACACUGGGACAGCAUCCACAACGCCACCGGCUCCAGGUGCUACCUCAUCGCGGGAGCCGCGUCCAGAAGCGUCUCGAAGCUUCUAGAGAGCGGGGACGUCAGCUCCCCCAGGUCCCACGGGCUCAUCAUAAGACAUACGAACCAAACUACCAUGUCAGACUUGGUGGAAGUAACCAAUCUAGUCGACGGGAAGAAGCGCCUGGCCGUCCUCGGAAGCACAGACGGAGAGUCUCCUGAUGACAGCCUUGUCGAUUUGGCCGUUGGACUCGGAGUCCGGUUUAUCAAGCUGGGGGGUCUUUCUCGAGGGGAACGGGUGACCAAAUACAACCGUCUUCUUACUAUAGAGGAAGAACUCAUCCAGAAUGGAACAUGGGGUAUCAAUGAUGGCCACACUUUUACUGACUUUAAUGAAGAUGAUGGAAGAACACUGGAAGCUGCUGCCACCAUGGCCAGUGAACUGCUUGGGUCACUGGAGCCUGUGUUCCCCACAGAGGUUGUGGAAGAAUUGGUCAGAACAUGAUCGUCCUGAAGACCGGGCUGGAUGUCAAGGCCCAGAGGUCACGAGUGUUAGCCGUGGUCACCGGGAGUACGGCCCUGUGUUGGCUCUGCUCUCAGCUUUGCUAACCCAAGAGUGUUUCUUCUUUCAGUUUUGCUACUUGUAAAAUGUAGACCUGGUAGUUUUGCCUGAAA